CAUGCGUCUUCUCGAUGGUGACAAUUGUUAAAGUAUUAACUACAUUCCAUCAAUUUUGGAAUUAUUAAAAUAUAUUAUUUUGGAUGUGAAUAGAUUUGAGUUUCUUGUAAGUACACUUAGAAAUGUUGAGAAGUUGGAAAGUCAUCAGACUGACAAAAUAUGUUUUCCUGACUUUGUUGAUUACCGCUGCUAGUUUCAUGAUAGCCGAUCUAUUUGUAAGGAGACCUGUGUCGAUAAUAGCGGGACAAGCAACAGAUGAACUGGCUUACAAGCCCAAACUCAACUUGUCGUUUGAAAGUGUUCUGCCAAUGCUAGAUGAGAAUUUUUCCCAAUGUUUGACAAAUCCCGGUAAGGGCUUCUGCUUAAUGACUGCGAAAAAGAAGCUUGAACUUCUUCACAAAGAAGGACAUCCAGUUUUGCCUUAUUUAAUGGAGAUUGACAAACAUUUGAUCAAGCUCCACCAGCAGCUGCGUGGUUAA